GGAGCUGGAGACAGCCUCGGCUGAGCCGACCAACACAGGUGAGGAGACUCAAGUCAGGGAGCGAUCCGCGCAGGAGGAUCAGACCUUGUGGGAGUGGGCUUAGGGGCUCAACGCGGAUAUUGGUAUUGCGAGGGAUCGCAUCACGUGGCAGGCGCGACUGGAGAUGGCCCGGCGCAGGGAUCCUGAUCAGAAAGAUUGGCAAGAGGAGGGAGGUUGCUGCCGGGUCCCUAGUUGCAGGUUCCGAUGUUUGGGUACUCCGGGAGCUGCUCUCCAGCCCCUGCUUCUGAACCUAUGGAUUCUCCAUCUAGCAUUUCUUCCUACUCUCUUUAUUCCUCUUUUUCCACCUCCCCAGUGAAUAGUGAUUCUGGCUUCCCCUCCGAUAGUGAGAGGGAGGACAAGUGGGCCUAUGGCCCCAGGCCAGACACUGUUGGUCAGAGGGGAGGUUCUCGGCCCAGCCCAGGUCCUAUCCGCUGCAGGCAACGACCCAAGGUUUCCAGUAAGCAACCUACAGCAUCUCACUCGGAACAGCGGGGCUUGGCUUCUUCUAUGUCAGGAUCUGGGGUCAAAAGAUCAAGAGGUGGUGAAUUGGAGACCAGUCUAAACAUCCAGGGUUGUACUACAGAAGGAGACCUGCUCUUUGCUCAGAAGUGUAAAGAGCUCCGAGGAUUCAUACCCCCUCUCACAGACCUACUGAAUGGACUGAAGAUGGGUCGAUUUGAGAGAGGAUUGAGCAGUUUCCAGCAGAGUGUGGCAAUGGACAGGAUCCAGCGUAUAGUAGGUGUUUUGCAGAAGCCACAGAUGGGAGAGCGUUAUCUAGGAACCCUGCUACAGGUAGAAGGAAUGUUAAAGACUUGGUUUCCUCAUAUAGCUGCCCAGAAGUCAUCAUUGCGUAGUCAGCUGACCAAGCAUUCUCCAGGCCACCACAGUUAUCCAGCUGCUUCCUCUCCUGCACUUUCUGUGGAAAAGAUGGACCAGACACAGCUAGGACAGCUAAUAUUGAAACCAAAGCAGCCUUGGCACCUCACUGAAUGGCCAGCUAUGAACCUCACUUGGAUCCACACUACUCCCAUUUGCAAUCCCCCUCUCAGUUCCCCAGGUACCAUCUCCUUUAGCCAUGGUCCUUUAGGCACUGGAACCAGCAUUGGUGUCAUCCUUUUCCUCCAGCAUGGAGUACAGCCCUUCACCCACUCAGCCCCAACCACUCCAGUUCCAUCUACUACUACAGCAUCUCCUGUCAUCCCUGGUGAUCCUAAGAAACUAUCUGGAGAGGGGCCUUGUUGCCACAAUUUGCCAGUAACUCUGCCAUCAGACUGGACCUGUACCCCAUCUCCUCCUGGUCUACCCACCAUGACCAGAGAGAUGACCAUGGGAGACCUAGAACAGAUGAGAAGCCACCCUUCUGUUGCUCCUGAUGUCCAUCCUCUCAAUCCCUAAUGCAGGACUUGAGACUGUAGUUUCUAAUUUGUGUAAAUAUAUGUCUCUCU